GAAUCCCACCUAUAUGGUUUGCCUGUGGAUUGUCAAGUGUUUCAAAUCAAGAUGGCGACUGCCAUGUGGUUACGUUUCCGAUGGAGAAAAAUCUCAAAUAAUUCUCUUGCAGUGUUUUCACCGCUUAGAAAACACUGUAGACCGUAUUUUUCAAGAGCUACACUAAUAGAGAAGUACAAUCUAAAGCCAAGAAGUUACACAGUGAAAAAUUACAAGUAUAUAACAGAUCGAGAUUUGGCUGAAAGAGUCGCAAAGGUGUUGAACGUCCAAGGACAUUGUGUGAUAGAGGCGAGUCCGGGACCAGGAAUGCUAACUAGAGCGAUGAUCGACUCUGGAGCCAAGCAAGUUAUCGGUCUAGAACCAGAUAAAAUAUUUAUGGAAGAUCUUCGAUCACUUCAAAGCGAAACUAAUGGAAAGUUCACCCCUCUGUUUGGUGACUUUGGGAAGAUUGAUCCACAUUUAGUUCACGAUGAAAGCGAUACCAAAGCUCGUAUUUGUCGAGCGCCUGCGAUCGCCUCAAAGGAUUUAUUUAAAGGGAUUUCUCCUGUGGAAUGGGAAUCAGAUGAGACCCCAGUUAAAUUUGUUGGAAUUGAAGGUGGAAAAACUUUGGCAUCUACAACAAAGAUUUUGAUGAGCUAUCUUGCACGUGUCCCUGGCAAAGAAAGUAUUUUCAAGAUAGGAAGAUGUGAACUUUUGUUUUUCUAUACUCAUGACCGUGCAGAGAGGCUACUUGCACAGCCAGGCACUAAGUACUAUAACCGCUUGUCAAUCAUGGCGUCGUUAUUCUGUGAUGUAAAUGUCAUUCACAGGGAGCCAUGCCAAAUGUUUGACCCAUAUUUCCGCAAAGACGGAAAAAAGGAACUUCAGCUCAUUAGCAUUGUGCCUAAGAAGAGACUUGAUUUUUCAAUCCCAGAAGACUGCUUGCAUUUAGUUGGAUACUUCAUCAGGAUUUUAAUGAUUAAACCAAAGCAAUCAUUGGCAACAUCACUGGAUGGGAUAUCCCCUGGUAGUCAUGUUAUCUUGGACAACCUUGGGUUGCCUCAUGAUACAAGAGCCAGUGAUUUGGUACCUAAAAUGUAUGGCAGGCUGUUAGAGCAAUUUUUCCAGUGGAAUGAAAGGUCACUGGAGUUCUUUUACUCUAUGAGUAGCAGAUACUAAUCUCAUCCAAUAAGAGGAAUAAUCAGUUGAUUUAGUAUAAUUUUUAAACAUAUGUAUGUACUUCCUCUAAGUUUUCUUAAAAAAUCUCUGGUUGAAUGUUAAUUGAAGAAGAAUCAAAUUCACAUUUAAGAAACAUCUUUGGCUUUGUUUCAGAAAAUUUAUUUUGCUGUUUUUUUUUAAGUAAGCAAAUAAUCUAUGUUGGCUUGUAAGACUAUAAAUGUAUACUAAUUAUAUAAUAUUAUAAACAUAUAUUUAUUAAUGUUAAUAUACUUAUUAAGUUACUCAGCAAAUAAUUUGUACUUGGUAUUUAAGAAUCAAAAAGAAGUACAAGUUUAUGUAUUUUAAAAGAAUGUCUAAAUUUAUGUAGUUCUUAAUUUAAAGCCAUAUAAAGACAUAUCUUAAAAUGAAAUUGAUGUAAAUCUUGGCUUUUGCAUAUAUAUAUAUACAUAUAUAUAUAUAUAUAUAUGUAUAUAUAUAUAUAGUUUAAAAAAAAUAAUGUAAUAUUAAAUUCUACAAUAACAAAAGCUGGUAUACAUUCUGAUGAAAGGUUUUCACAAAGUUUCUGAUGUAUCUUAAGUUGCCAGAGAGACUGUCUUAUCAAAUCUAUUAUCUACGUAUUACUUAAUUCAUAGAUCCGACGCGCGCAUGGAUAUCCAAUCAGAAAGCAGCAAAUGGAAGCCAGCGACGUGCAACCCAAAAGUCCCGCAAAAGUCCCACAAAUUGUACAACAUAUCGGAUGAGGUCAGCGAGUCCUGCCCGGAGUUAUUUUAAAUACAGACUGCGACUUGGAAAAUAAAACACAGUAACCUAA